AUGUCUGAUCCAUCGUCAUCACAACCUCCUGUGCCAUCCUCGUCGCAACCUCCACCUGUUGCAUCGCAGACUGCAUCGCAAGAACCCCCCUCUUCAUCCACCACGGCAGCUGCAGGACAAUCGGGAACCAACUCAGAAGCGACGGUCGUGCCCAAGCAAGAACCCGACGAGAGCACCGCCUUGGAUGCCUCCAUCGACCAAGAUAUCGAACUCGGCGGAGUAGCUAAGAAUACGGCGGACAAUAAUAUCAACAUGGCCAACGCACCCGACGGAGAUGAGGAUAUCCCGCUGGGAAAUCCAGUUCAGACUGUCGAAACAGUUGAUGCCCUUGCCGCGACGACGCCUGGCAAAAAAGAGACCAGCCUACGCGAAUUCCUAGGCAAGAUGGAUGAAUAUGCGCCGAUCAUUCCCGACGCCGUAACAGCUCACUACCUCACCCUCGCCGGCCUCCCACCACCAGGCAACGGUCCCAACCAAACCCCUCCUCACCUCGCUCGUCUUCUCGCCCUUGCCACCCAAAAGUUCAUCGCCGACAUCGCCGCCGACUCGUACCAAUACGCGCGUAUCCGCGCCUCCAACAGCUCCUCCGCCAGCAACCCCAUGGGCAGUCUCAACGCCGCGUCGGGACUUGGCAUGCCCGCAGGCGCCGCCGGCGCCGGCGCACCUGCGGCGGGCGUUUCUGCCGAAGCCAAAGGCAAAGCCGGUACACAUCUGGGCAUCCAGCGACCUGGUUUCGGAGGUGGCGGGUCAGGUGGCUCGGGCCAAGGGCGGACGGUGCUCACAAUGGAAGAUCUGGGGAUGGCAGUUUCUGAAUACGGCGUGAGUGUUAAGAGGGGGGAGUUCUACCGGUAA